AAUUUAUGUGAAAAUAUUCAUUCUUCAUGGUAUCAGAGCAAUAAUCAAUCACAGCUCCCUCUCCAACCCUAAUUCUCUUCUUCUCUGUUUCGGCCCCCCCUCUCACGGCAGCCCUUCUCGCCGGCGACCAUGGCCGAGGUUUCCUCCGUCUCUUCCGAUAACAACUCCUCUACAUCUCCCCACCUUGCCUUCACCACUAUCUCUAACAUUAAACUCCAUAUUCCUGUCCAACUCAGUCUCUCAGAACCAAAUUACAAAAAGUGGAGUCGGUUGUUUCGUCUCCUGAUCCUCCGCUUCAACCUCAAAGGCUACAUCAAUGGCACAACCCGUGUCUCCUCUGCCGAUGAUACUGAAUGGUAUCAAUUUGAUGCCCUAAUUCAAGGAUGGAUCCUGGCUACGAUCUCGGAUGAAGUCUCCGACCUUGUGCUCUCCAACAAUCUCACUGCUCAUGCACUAUGGACGGCAAUUUACAAUCUUUUUCACGACAACAAGCACGCCCGAGCGAUGCAACUAGAGCACCGUUUCCAUACAACUGUUAAAGGUCAACUCUCCAUCAACGAAUAUUGUCGUCUUCUCAAGAAUCUCUCCGAGUACCUAGAUGACGUGGAUGCUCCUGUCACCGAACAUGCCCUUGUACUUCAGGUUCUUCAAGGCCUCCCUCACAACAUCCGGAGUCAAGUUCAAUUCUUGCAAUACCAAAAUCCACUCCCGACUUUCUUGGAGGUCCGAUCCGCCCUAUUUCUCGUCGAACAACAACAAACUGACGCCAUGUAUGGCGUCGGCUCGCCGUCCACAGCCCUCCUCAGCACCGGCGGCGGCGGCGGCGGCGGACAGACGGGCAGCGGAUACCAGCGAGACCGAGGCGGCGGCUACGGCAGGCCUAGGAGCAGCGGCAGCGGCGGAUUUGACGGCGGAUAUGGCGGCGGCUACGGCGGACGCGGCAGGCAUUCCGGCGGUGGCAGUGGAGGCGGCAAUCGCGGCAGGCAUUCCGGGCGUGGCGGCGGCAAUCAACGGAAACCUCCCUGCAAAGUGACAAAUGUUCCUUUCACUAUUUGCCUCGUGAAGGCCGAACGGCGGGGUGGUCCCCUGGCCUUUGAUGUUGAUUGCCAUUCCCAAGUGACGCAACCUUACCGGUCAGCUUUCUUCCAAGGCUCUCAGCCCUCUUCCUCUUCCCAUUCUGAAUCUUCUUCUCCCCCUGUCACUCCUUUGACUCGUCGCCCCUCCCAACAGUCUAAUUCUCAGGCCCGGGAAAUAAUUGCCGAGGACCCUGUCCCUUUGAAUCAACUGCCCGGUCGAUUCAAUCCCAAGGUCCUUAGCUGGGAGCAAUGGGAAGAACGACUGGGAUCCUUGGGCUUCCUAGCCCUUGAUGUUAGACUGGUGUUCAAAGAGUCUUAUAGGGUUACCAAAAAGUGGGCUGAACGGGUUAUAAAACCUGAAAGGGUUCAUCCGGAGCCCACCAAAGAUCUUGAGGACGCCUGCGAGAAACUUCUCAAGGGUGAUCCUGUGACCGGGAAACCUUAUGCCUAUGGAGGCUGGGUAUUCCGGCUACCUAAUCCGGAUGGGGGUGAAUCUGCGACCCAUGACGCAGAAGAUGACCGGGCAAACUCCCCGGAUGGUCAUGCUGAGGCCAGUUCUCCUCGUCCAGACAUGAACUUCAACAGGAUGACCACCAUCAUCGAGGAUGACGACGAUGAUGUCCAAGUCCUCCACUCCAAUCGGUCUCCUCUCUCCAAGCCUCCUUCUCCUCCUCACUUCCCUGAAAUGGAUGGGGCCACAAGUGCCCGGUGUAGCCCUAUCCAUGGACAGAGCCAGAAGCUGAAAUCUCCUCCAGCCACUCAUCUCUCUGAAAGUGACCGGGUCCCUUCUCCUAAGAAGGAUGUCAAGGCCAAAGGAAAAGGGACCGGUCAUUCCUCCUCUCAGAAAAGGAAGGGUUCCCACAAGACUUCCAAGGGGGAAAAGAGGAAGAAGGCUGGAAUUAUAUCUGAAGAAGUUGGCCGGUCAAUCGUUGAACCGAAGGACCAGGUUUCCGAGCUCACCCUCCUCAUUGACUCCGCUAAGUCAGAGAUCAAUGACCGGGUUGAGAGGGAGAAGAAGCUGGAAGAAGAGCUGAUCGCUGAAAAGGACAGGUUAAAGGAGGAAAGGGCCAAGUUGGUGGAGGCGGAGAGGAAGGUGGCAGAGCUGGAAGAUGCUUUGGCCCAAGCUGAAGAGACUGCCCGGUCAAAAGAGGAGGCCUUUCCUGAUGAUGCUGCGAUUUGGGCCGCCUGCCAUCACACUGAAGUCGCCCGGUCCAUUCCUACCAAUCCGCAGGACACCAUGGAUUUUUUCAAAGUCAUGUAUAAGGAACCGGAAGGAAAGAGAAUGAUAACAGACGUCGGGUCUUAUGGGUUCCAGUGUGGUCAAAAUGAAGAGAGGUCUCUUCUAUAUUCCAGACUCCAAAAGAGGGACCCCUCCUUUGACCCGGCCAAAAUGAAGCUCCCGGCCUUGUAUAAGGAAGAGCCAGCUCCCCCCUUUCCCCUAGAGUAGGUUAGGGUGCCGGGUCAAAUAUAUGACCGGUCAAAAUUAAACUUUUCCAGAUUGG